CUGCUGCAAUCGAAACGUCGAAAGGGACUAGAAACCCCGAACGGAUCCAUUCUACAAACUAAGCUGUUCCAUUUUCGUGUUGUUAAUUGGUGACAGCACCAACAUGCGUUUCGUUAGCCUGAAACUCGCGGCAACGCGUAGCUGUUCGUAGUGGCGAUUCUUUCGAUAAUUCGUUACUUGUUUCGUACUGUCUUUUCUCUCACUUUUUUUUUCCAGGUUGAGAGUUAGUAACCGUUAAUUGGUACCUCUUUCCUUUCGAGAGGGAAGACACGAAACGCUUCGCGAUGUCGGUGGCUGAAUUUCUGAAGGGUUUGCCUUCGCACAAUGAGAACAACUUUGCAAAUUUUCACACGGACAAUGGCAAUCGAACGUGCGUUAAAAGACCCUCCGUCUACCUCCCUACUAAGGAUUAUCCCUCUGAACAGAUUAUCGUCACUGAAAAGACUACCAUACUUCUAAGGUACCUUCAUCAACAAUGGGACAAAAAGAAUGCAGAGAGGAAACGAGAACUUCUCUCGGUUAAUGGUGACUCGCAAGAUGAUGGAACUGGAACCCGCAGUAAAAGGCCACGUUUGGACUUGAACAAUACCCUUUGAAAUAAUGAAGAACGUGCAUAUACCCGAUAUUUGUCAUCCACUGAUGAUAUAAAUUAGGCUUUUCCUCAUCCACAAGGCCGAGGGAUUCGUGCCCGUGUGCAUCAAAGUUUCAGUUUAUCUGGCUAAAGUUGGUCACUCGAGCUAACGUUCUUGUUGCAUAAAGACUCUUAUGAUGAACCAAUUAUGGCCUUACACGUGCGAUUAAGUUUAUUUUUUUUAUUAAAGAAAGCGUAACAUUAAUAGUCAGUCAACGAUAAGUCAAUUUGCACUGGCAGUCAUUGAGUUUGUCUUUGCAUGAUUUCUUCAUUGGAACUGACUCUCUUUUACAAGUGUUUGCUUUUAAAUUUAUUCUUCCAUAAGCUGUUUAUGUGAAUUGUAAGUAUUACAGACACUCGCAGAAACAUGAUUUCUAGAUACCUUUUUUUUUUCUCCAGAACUUCAGUUAUUCAAAAAUUCAUCUGCCUGUAAUACUUUCCUGCUAUCGAAUCAAAGAACAGUAUUAUCUUUAAUUACGGAGAAAUGGAAUGAAACGUACAACUAAAUUUUCCAAACUUUAUUAUUUUAUUUUUAAUCGGAGCAAUACCUGGAUGGUUUAAAGUAUCGGAAGUACCUUUAACUUGUCAAUGGAACAGUUUUAUUCAUGUUAUUCACUUUCUUGGAAAAAUGUUGCAGAUAUUUUACUUACGACAAUGACACUGGGCUUACUUUGAUACCGUUAAUAUUUUUAUUCUGUAAGGAGGAAUAAUAGGAUUCUUUAAUAUAGAUAUACAUUGAAACUGCAUACAGAGUGUAAGUAUAAUUUUAUAUGUCAUAAUUACUUUUCAACGUUUCCAAGUAGCAGAUACAAAUAAAUCUUCAAAGCUUCUUUUCCAAGAUGCAGCUCAUUCGCGCAAUCUUUCUUUAGACAAGAAAGCGAUUCUCUUGUGGCAUUCCAAGUAGUUUAAUUUUCAACAAACCGUUGACCAUAUAAACAGCUUUUUCCAUUGUAAUUCGUUAACACUUUUCCUCGGCUUCUGCAACAUGGUUUUGUUAAGAUUUUUCUAAUUGUCCCGUUUUGUAUUUGAAUAGCAAGAUAAGAGGAAAGAAUUUGUCAGAGACACGUACAGACAAAAAAUGAAUAACUAAUAUCUA